AUGGUUGCAGAUUCGAAGCUUCCGCUGCAAAGCAGCAACAACGCGAACAUGAAAGCCUCGAAAACAAUCGAAGAAACGUACCAAAAGAAAACCCAAUUAGAACACAUCCUCCUCCGACCCGACACCUACAUCGGUUCGAUCGAACAACACACUCAACGUCUCUGGGUUUACGAAAACGACGAGAUGGUCCACCGUGACAUAAAGUACGUUCCUGGACUUUACAAAAUCUUCGACGAGAUCUUAGUCAACGCCGCCGAUAACAAGCAACGGGAUCCGUCGAUGGAUUCCGUUAAGGUAGUUAUCGACGCGGAACAGAAUUUGAUUUCCGUUUAUAAUAAUGGAGAUGGGGUUCCAGUUGAGGUUCAUCAGGAAGAAGGUGUUUAUGUUCCGGAGUUGAUUUUCGGGCAUUUGUUGACUAGUAGUAAUUAUGAUGAUACGGUUAAGAAGACUACCGGAGGGAGAAAUGGGUACGGUGCUAAGCUUACGAAUAUCUUCUCCACUGAGUUUAUUAUCGAAACGGCUGAUGGGAAACGGCAGAAGAAGUAUAAACAGGUGUUUUCAAACAACAUGGGAAAGAAAUCUGAGCCUGUUAUAAGCAAGUGUAAGGAGGCUGAGAACUGGACAAAGGUUACAUUUAAGCCGGACUUGGCCAAGUUUAACAUGACUCACUUGGAGGAAGAUGUGGUUGCAUUGAUGAAGAAGAGGGUGUUUGACGUAGCUGGUUGUCUUGGCAAGACUGUGAAGGUUGAGCUGAAUGGGAAACGGGUUCCUGUGAAAUCAUUUCUUGAUUAUGUCAGCCUCUACCUAAGUGCUGCCUCUAAAACUAAGACAGAACCCCUCCCAAGGCUUCUAGAGAAAGUUAACGAGAGAUGGGAAGUUGGUGUGAGUCUCAGUGACGGCCAAUUUCAACAGGUCAGCUUUGUCAAUGGGAUUGCUACAAUCAAGGGUGGAACCCAUGUUGACUAUGUCACUAAUCAGAUAUCCAAUUAUGUGAUGAAUAUCGUAAAUAAGAAGAACAAGAAUGCUAAUGUCAAAGCGCAUAAUGUGAAGAACCAUCUGUGGGUUUUUGUCAAUGCUCUUAUUGACAACCCUGCUUUUGACUCUCAAACCAAGGAAACUUUGACACUUCGUCAGAGCAGUUUCGGUUCUAAAUGUGAACUUUCAGAAGAUUUUUUGAAGAAAGUUGCAAAGUGUGGAGUUGUGGAUAAUUUGCUCUCAUGGGCAGAGUUCAAGCAUAGCAAAGAUCUUAAGAAGACUGAUGGAGCAAAGACAGGAAGUAUUCGUGGGAUUCCCAAGCUAGAUGAUGCUAAUGAAGCUGGAGGGAGGAAUUCUGAUAAAUGCACUUUGAUUUUGACAGAAGGAGAUUCGGCAAAAGCACUUGCAGUGGCUGGGCUUGCUGUUGUAGGCCGAAAUCACUAUGGUGUUUUCCCGUUGAGAGGUAAACUUCUCAACGUGAGGGAAGCCAGCCAUAAACAAUUAAUGGAUAAUGCAGAAAUACAAAAUCUCAAGCGGAUUCUCGGACUGCAGCAGGGCAAGGAGUAUUCUAAUGUCAAGUCAUUGAGAUAUGGGCAUUUGAUGAUAAUGACUGAUCAGGAUCAUGAUGGUUCCCAUAUUAAAGGGCUGCUGAUCAAUUUUAUUCAUUCCUUCUGGCCGUCACUGCUAAAAGUCCCGUCAUUCAUGGUUGAGUUUAUAACUCCUAUUGUGAAGGCUACUCACAAAACUAAGGGGGUCUUAUCCUUUUAUUCCAUGCCUGAGUACGAGUUUUGGAAGGAAAGCUUGGGGGGUAAUGCAAAGGGCUGGUCAAUUAAGUACUAUAAGGGGUUGGGAACAAGCACAUCGAAGGAAGGGAAGGAUUACUUUAAAAAUCUUGACAAGCAUAGGAAAGAAUUCGUAUGGCAAGAUGAGCAGGAUGGAGAGGCAAUAGAGCUUGCUUUUAGUAAGAAAAAGAUAGAAGCAAGGAAGAAUUGGCUUCGACAGUUUGAGCCUGGCACGCACCUUGAUCAGAGUCAGAAGCUCAUCAAAUAUAGUGAAUUCAUUAAUAAGGAGCUUAUUCUGUUUUCCAUGGCUGAUCUUCAAAGGUCAAUUCCUUCAAUGAUUGAUGGCCUGAAGCCUGGUCAAAGGAAGAUCCUUUUUUGUUCUUUCAAGAGGAAUUUUGUAAAAGAAGCAAAGGUUGCUCAAUUUUCAGGUUAUGUUUCAGAGCAUUCUGCUUACCAUCAUGGUGAGCAGAGUCUUGCUAGUACAAUUGUUGGAAUGGCACAAGAUUUUGUGGGCAGUAACAACAUAAACCUUCUCCAUCCAGGUGGUCAAUUUGGCACUCGUAACCAGGGGGGCAAAGAUGCCGCGAGUGCUAGGUACAUAUUUACCAAUCUUUCUCCCAUUACUCGGUAUCUGUUCCCCAAGGAUGAUGAUGGCCUUCUUGACUACUUGAAUGAAGAUGGUCAAUCCAUUGAGCCAAUCUGGUAUGUGCCUAUUAUACCAAUGGUUCUUGUCAAUGGAAGUGAAGGAAUUGGGACAGGGUGGAGCUCUUACAUUCCAAACUAUAACCCAAGAGAUAUAGUUGCAAAUGUGAGGCGCUUGUUGAAUGGUGAACAAAUGGAGCCCAUGCAUCCAUGGUACAGAGGAUUCAAAGGGAAUAUUGAGAAAACUGCAUCAAAGGAAGCUGGUGUUACCUACACUAUUACUGGAAUUAUAGAGGAGGUUGAUGAGACCACACUCAGGAUAACAGAACUACCAGUCCGUAGAUGGACUCAAGAUUAUAGGGAAUUUUUGGAAUCUAUCAUAACGGGAAAUGAUCCUUUCAUCAAGGAAUUUAGACAAUACAGUGAUGAUACAACUGUAGAGUUUGAAGUUAUUUUGACCGAGGAGAACAUGAUGAUGGCGAAGCAAGAGGGUUUGCUGAAGAAGUUUAAGCUAACAACAACAAUUAGCACAAGUAACAUGCACCUGUUUGAUUCAAAAGGGAUGAUUAAGAAAUAUGACGCCCCAGAGCAAAUCCUUGAGGAAUUUUUUCACUUAAGGUUUGAAUUUUAUGAGAAAAGGAAGAAACUUCUGUUAGACAAUCUUGAAAUGGAGUUGUUGAAAAUGGAAAACAAAGUGAGGUUUAUCCUUGGUGUUGUAAAGGGGGAAAUCAUUGUGAACAAUAGGAAGAGAGCUGACCUAUUCCUUGAGCUGCAAACGAAAGGUUUUACUCCUUUCCCAAAGAAGGCCAAAACUGUUGAAGUUGCCGUGGCUGGGGCUACUGAUGAUACAGAGGAAACUGAGGAGAACUCUGAGGUUAGCGCCAAAGGAGUACAGGCUAGUGAUUAUGACUAUCUAUUGUCCAUGGCAAUUGGAAGUCUGACCCUCGAGAAGGUCCAAGAGCUUUGUGCUGAUAGGGAUAAACUCCAGCAGGAAGUUGAAGAUUUGAGAAAAGCCACUCCAAUGUCUUUAUGGCUGAAAGAUCUUGAUAAUCUUGAGAUACAACUAGAUGAACAAGAUAAAGCUGCUCAGGCAGAGGAAGCAGCAAAAUUAGUUAAGGGCAGGGGUGAAGCUGGCAAAAGGGCUCAGAGGCAAGCACCUAAAAUCCCACGGAAGAUAAAUAAGAAAGAAAAAAACGCAGAAACUGUUACUGAAACCACGGAUAUUUCAUCCAGUUCAGCAAUGGAAACAGAGACUGCUCCUGCUGCGGUGAAGCCCAAAGGUCGGGGUGGUUCAAGGAAGGCUAAAAAGGAUGACAGCGACGACGAUGAUGAUGAGGACUUUGGAAUUCCUGAUCUAAGGGAGCGACUUGCUAAGUAUAACCUUGAUUCCUCUCCGGAUCAUUCAGCUGCUAUGGAAACUGAAGUGCCCCAAGUACCUGCUGGGAAGAAAGAACCGAGCAAAAGGGCUGCUGCUGCUCGGAAGAAGCCAGCCACAUCUCUUUCGGAGAUUUCUGAGAGCAUAGGUGAAAUUGACAUCAAUGAUGAAGACCUGGAAGUAGUAGAGGUAGCAGCAGCCGCAGCCCCAGCAGGAAAGAAGGGAGGAAGAAAACCUGCCGCAAAUUCAAAAGCAGCAGCUAAACCCCCCGCAGCAGCAAAGAAGAGAGGGCCUGCAGCAGCAGGCAAGAAGUCUCAGCAGCAGAAGCUUUUGACAGAAAUGCUGAAGCCUGCAGAAGAUUCAGGGAUAUCACCCGAGAAGAAAGUGAGGAAGAUGAGGGCAUCCCCAUUUAACAAGAAGAGUGGUUCUGUCCUGGGCAGGGUUGGCAAAGAGCUAGAAUCAACAACUGAUAGUGAAGAAGCAUUUGGUUCUUCCUCUAUGUCAGCAGACACUGAAGAAGUGACUGAGAUUGUCCCAGCAAGACCCAGACCUCAAAGGACCAACCGCAAGCAGACAACGUAUGUGCUUAGUGAUUCCGAGACUGACAAUGCCACCGAUGACUCUGACUUCGAGGAAGAUGAAGAUUAGAAAACUGGAUGUUCCUCUAUUAGUCUAGGACUAGAUGCCUGAAAUGGGAAAUUGGGGCUUGUUUCCCUUUAACUUGUUAUUAACUUUGACUGAUUCAUAACGUGUAGAUUAAUGAACUGUCUUGAUUUCGCGUAAAGGGUUUGUAGACAAUGCUGCAUUUCGUUUCUUUGAAUCUCACUCGCACUAUUUUGGUA